GGUCACCAAAUGCUUCUUUAUAUACUCUGUCUCCCUCCCCCUGCUCUUAUUAAUUAUGAUAUUCACUUGAUUUGUGGUAGAUUUUAGUGCUUUCUGAUGGGGAAGCUGAAGAAAAUCGCCAAGGCUCUGGAUUGUUUCGGUCCCUCGUCAUGUACUUCCACCGCUCGUUUUGACAAAGACCCACUCAUAGCCAGCAGCAACAAGGGCCAACUCCCGACAUUGGAGGACGGUGUGAAUGGAAGCCAGAGCUUAGCCUUUGAACUCAAGCCCAUGAUGGUGACUCUCAGGGUGUCCAUGCACUGUAAAGGCUGUGCAAGAAAAGUGGAGAAACACAUUUCAAAGAUGGAAGGAGUGAGGUCGUUCACUGUAGACUUGGAGACUAAGAUGGUGAUCGUUGUUGGAGACAUUUUGCCGUAUGAAGUGGUGGAGAGCGUUUCUAAAGUCAAAAGCUCGCAGCUUUGGCAGUCCUCGCUAGCUUGAUCAUUAUUGGCAUAUCAAGAAAUUAAUAAUUUUAUGUCUUUAAUUUCUUUAUUCUAUAUGUUGUUUAUAGGAAUAUGAGUAUUUAUACAUGUCAACUCA